AUGCCGUACCGCAUCUGUGAAGUGUCGUCGCUGGAACAGGAACACCACGAGGCGUCAGGCAGCGGCGAUACUUAUGGACCGGAGCAUGACUCGCUGAAAAUCCGAUCCAAGUUUCCCAAGGAGGACCUCCGCCCUCGGGGGCGCCUAAUCUACGCCCUUCUCGGCAUAUUUUACCUUCCUCUGGUCAUCGACGGGUUUUGGCAUACAUGGUAUGGUGCUAUCCAGCCCGUCGACCCGAAUGUGACUCGGAAGAAGUCGCCCUUCCAAGAUUUUCUACAUAGCUGCGACGACUGCCCCUUACCAAUCCGGUGCCUUUGCGUGGGCUUUCCCAUCCUGAUCUUUGGGCCUGAAAUACUGUUCAUGUUGAUUCCUGCUUAUGUGCUGAUCACCUCAGCCUUCAGCAUCCUCUUUCACCUGGUAUAUUAUGUUCUGUGGGACGUUCGGUACUUCGGGAACGAUGCUUUCAGCAUGCGGGAGACUAUUAUAUACGGCGAGGAGGUGUGGGAGGUGAGCGUCGGCGAUACGGCUAAGUUGAGGACAUUUCCGAAAGAAAGUCCUCCAUUUCCAUUUAACCUUAGCCAAGGCGAUAGGAUCAAAGUAGGCUUCGGACCGUUCGAGUAUUGGUGCUUAUUUCGAAAACAGACGCAGAGCGACGCGACGGCGCGAAGCCCUUCCCCGGUGUGA